AUGGCCAGCACCAGAAGCAUUGAGCUGGAACAUUUUGAAGAACGGGACAAAAGGCCGCGGCCAGGGUCGCGGAGAGGGGCUCCCAGCUCCUCCGGGGGCAGCAGCAUCUCUGGCCCCAAGGGCAACGGGCUCAUCCCCAGCCCGGCGCACAGUGCUCACUGCAGCUUCUACCGCACGCGGACCUUGCAGGCCCUCAGCUCGGAGAAGAAGGCCAAGAAGGCGCGGUUCUACCGGAAUGGGGACCGCUACUUCAAAGGCCUGGUCUUUGCCAUUUCCAGCGACCGCUUCCGUUCCUUCGAUGCGCUCCUCAUAGAGCUCACCCGCUCACUGUCUGACAAUGUGAACCUGCCCCAGGGCGUCCGCACAAUCUACACCAUAGACGGCAGCCGGAAGGUCACCAGCCUGGACGAGCUGCUGGAAGGUGAAAGUUACGUAUGUGCCUCCAAUGAACCAUUUCGUAAAGUUGAUUACACCAAAAACGUUAAUCCGAACUGGUCUGUGAACAUCAAGGGCGGGACCACCCGCACCCUGGCUGUGGCCUCUGCGAAAAGUGAGGUGAAAGAAAGCAAGGACUUCAUCAAACCCAAGUUAGUGACUGUGAUUCGAAGUGGAGUGAAGCCUAGAAAGGCCGUGCGGAUCCUUCUGAAUAAAAAGACUGCCCAUUCCUUUGAGCAGGUCCUAACGGAUAUCACCGAAGCCAUUAAACUAGACUCAGGCGUGGUCAAGAGGCUGUGCACCCUGGACGGAAAGCAGGUUACUUGUCUGCAAGACUUUUUUGGAGAUGAUGAUGUUUUCAUUGCAUGCGGACCCGAAAAAUAUCGUUACGCCCAAGAUGACUUCGUCCUAGAUCAUAGCGAGUGCCGUGUCCUGAAGUCGUCCUAUUCUCGAGCCUCAGCUGCUAAGUAUUCUGGGUCCAGAAGCCCAGGGUUCUCCCGCCGCAGCAAGUCACCAGCUUCAGUAAAGAGGGCUGGCCACUCCAGUGCCUAUUCUACAGCCAAAUCCCCAGUGAACGGAACUCCCAGCAGCCAGCUUUCCACCCCCAAGUCCACCAAGUCCUCCAGCUCCUCUCCAACCAGCCCGGGAAGUUUCAGAGGAUUGAAGCAGAUUUCUGCUCAGGGCAGAUCUUCUUCCAAUGUAAACGGUGGGCCUGAACUUGACCGUUGCACAAGCCCUGAAGGUGUGAAUGGAAACAGGUGCUCCGAGUCAUUCACCCUUCUGGAGAAAUACAGAAUCGGGAAGGUCAUCGGAGACGGCAACUUUGCAGUAGUGAAAGAGUGUAUGGACAGGUCCACUGGGAAAGAGUUUGCAUUAAAGAUUAUAGACAAAGCCAAAUGCUGUGGAAAGGAGCAUCUGAUUGAGAAUGAAGUGUCAAUCCUGCGCCGCGUGAAGCACCCCAACAUCAUCAUGUUGGUUGAAGAGAUGGAAACGGCAACUGAGCUCUUCCUAGUGAUGGAACUGGUCAAAGGUGGAGAUCUCUUUGAUGCGAUUACUUCUUCAACCAAGUACACUGAGAGAGACGGAAGCGCCAUGGUGUACAACCUGGCCAAUGCCCUCAGAUAUCUGCACAGUCUCAGCAUCGUGCACAGAGAUAUCAAGCCUGAGAAUCUUCUGGUAUGUGAAUACCCAGAUGGAACCAAGUCUUUGAAGCUGGGAGACUUUGGGUUGGCAACGGUGGUCGAAGGCCCAUUGUACACAGUCUGUGGCACGCCAACCUAUGUGGCACCAGAAAUCAUUGCUGAGACAGGUUAUGGCCUGAAGGUGGAUGUUUGGGCAGCUGGUGUGAUUACGUACAUACUUCUCUGUGGAUUCCCACCAUUCCGGAGUGAGAACAAUCUCCAGGAAGAUCUCUUUGACCAGAUCUUGGCUGGAAAGCUGGAGUUUCCUGCCCCGUACUGGGACAACAUUACAGACUCUGCCAAGGAGUUAAUCAGUCAGAUGCUUCAGGUAGACGUUGAAGCUCGCUGUACUGCGGGAGAGAUUCUGAGCCACCCCUGGGUGUCAGAUGAUGCAUCCCAGGAGAAUAAUAUGCAGGCCGAGGUUACAGGUAAACUAAAACAGCACUUUAAUAAUGCGCUCCCCAAACAGAACAGCACCACCACCGGGGUCUCCGUUAUCAUGAACACGGCUCUAGAUAAAGAGGGGCAAAUUUUCUGCAGCAAGCUCUGUCAAGACAGCAGCAGACCGUCCAGGGAGCAGGCCUCGCCAGUCCCUCCCUCAGCCCAGGAGGCCCCUCCCCCCCUGGAGUCUCCCAGGCCCCCUUGUCCUCCAGCCACCUCUGGCUGUGAUCUGGCAGGGACCUGGCGCCGCCACCGAGACUGAACUCUGUACACAGGCCAAAGCCGCUCUCGCCGUGCUGUGCCAGGAAGGCUGCUCUUCACCAGGCCUCGACAGCUCCUUGCUGAAAGAGUCUUUCUCUCCUGGACGCUGCUUUGACAGUUUGUUGGCAUGUUCUGUCACUGCCUGAGCGGAACUGGGGCAUCCCGGAGCCAGGGUGCAGCAUGGCCGCAUGCACUGUGGGCUCUGCCCUCUCCAGUUCCUGGCUGUGUCAAGGAAGCCAUGUCAGUCAUGGGGACAUACUUGGAGUGACUCGUGUGUGUUUUUAGUUCAGUAGACACUUGGCCGCUUUCCCCAGAGAAUGGGCAACUUUGAUCUGGAAUUCCAUCGUUUUUAUAGAAACGCAUCGGAUGAAUUAGGACUCUCCUUACUGAGGGACACUCCAAGUGCUCCCUUCUCAGGACACAACUAUGGUUCCUUUGUUCCGUCAGAGGCAACAUGGCGUCUUCCUCGUCUUCCUCGUAGGGGGCUCGAGGCACCUGGCUUCUGAAUAGGAGUACUUGAGAGGGUCAUUGCCUCCUGACUUUGGGAAGUGCAUUCCGAUGCCUCAGGAAGCAGGUCUGCUCCAGCUGCGGCUGGGGUGCUGGGCUAGCUCACAGACCUAGCAGACGCACCUCGGUUUCUCCUAACUUUCCCUAUGUGUGUUUUAGGAAACGUUCAUGAAGUUGGCCUGUGGGCUUUUCAGUGGAAUGUGAAGCCGCUCUUGGCAGAGCAGGGUGAGCUCUGCUGUGUCUUCACCAGGGUCUCCUCUCACCUCUGCUUUGUCAAGAGCAGGCAGAAAGCCAUGGCAGGUCUGCUGAGACCCAGCGGGGACUGGGGCGCAUGGCGCUCUUGAACAUCCUGUGACCAAUCUUCUGGAAGGCUGCUGGCAGUUUUUCCUGUUUUCCACCACCCCACUCUUUUUAAUAAUUGUAUAUAACUGUAUUUGUUUUACUUGCUUGUCUUCGAAACCGGUGGGCCCCACAGUUCACUCUCACUGUUAGAUUUUGCCUUCUCCAAAUAUCCCUAACCUGCAAUAAACUCUUCCCUCUUCAGAAAAGCCAUCGGGGUGGGGGAGUUUCUGUGUGGUUGCUAUGGAAAGUGUGUGUGAUCAGAGCACCUGUUGUUGGCCCAGCCCCUCAGGGGCCAGUGUUCAGGCCACUAGUGGAAGAGCACACCACUCAUGCCCUGGCUGAAGUGUAUGUGAUCGCAGGUGCCACACCUGUGACCAGAGUGUCAAGCCAAGCAGGCCUUUCAGAGUGUGAGCUAAGGAGCACUAAUAGGAAAGAGUGCGGCUGAACAACUCUGUCCAGCCUGUCCUGGCCGAGGCCCUGCUUUUCUGUGUCUCGUGAGUUAGUUUGCCUGUGAGUCUCUUCUUUCUGCUUGUGACACUGCUCACCCGUGGCUUGUUACCCAGAGCUGUGUCUGUCAUCUCCUCAGAGACUGACAACUCUCCAGCUUGAGGCCACUGACCAGGCUCUGGGUUUCUUGGUUCAUGUUGCCUAGGUAAUGAGACAGCUGCUGGGCCAGCUGACCCUGGGUACCCCCCCCAGAACCCCAUAGCUAUGGCAGAGACAGAAGGAAGAAAUGUCCAAGAAUGCUGUGGGAUGUGGGUUUAGAACAUUUGGCAUGUGUCUCUUCACUACUUGGUUUAAGAACGAGGUUUUACAAGAAAGAUUUAUUCUUAAUUGUGUGUCUGGGUAUCUGUGUGGAUGUCCAUGGAGUCCAGAAGAGGGCAGAACACGGAGCUGGAGCUGUGUGCUUAGACCUGGGCACUGAGAACCAAACUCCUCCGGAAGAGCAAUAAGUGCUUUUCACCUCUGAGCCGUCACUCCAGUGCUGAGGAGAGUUUCGGUCUGUGGGUGCUUCAUUUUCACGGAGGGGAAGAGCUAGCACAAAGGAAGGAGGACAACAGCGCAGGAGGUGGGCGGCGUGUUUGCUGCUGAUCACUGCAGCUGCCUCCUCUCUUCAGCUGUGGUGCUCCCAGUGUGAGCUAAAGACCGUGUGUGUGACCAGGGCAGUGCCGGUCCGUGCCAGGGAAGAGCAGCCCUUCUUGUUCAGCAUGCAACUUUCUGUUUGUCCCCACGGGAGGCGGACAGGCGGUGAAGCCCACACAGCAGCUCUGCCUCACAGUUUUCCUGACGGGCAGGAUCCCUCAGAAACCUAGAGAAGAACACAAGGCGAAGGAAAGCCGGGAAGCAGCCGCAGCCCAAGCCCCAGGAGCUGCAGCCGGACCCCAUUGCCUGGCUGGUGCUCUCCAGGCAGCGAGGGCCGGCAAUCCCACGUCAAAGUUCGAGACAUACAGUUCCUCUGUCUGGUUUGCUGUGCAAACACUCAGAAGCUGUGACUCUGUUCUCAUGAUCCAAAUUAAACACAGGUAUUUCAUUUAUGACUGCUCAGAUCCAGUUGAAAGAAUGGUACAUGCUCAUUCAGACUCCUUCUCCUGAGGAGGAGUCAAUGUGGAGAGAGAUGUAGGUGGGCACCUGAUCCUCCCCAGCUGAAGCUGGGCUCUCCUGUUUGCUCCCUCCACAGUGGAAGUGGGGGUCUCUUGCUCUAUCCUCUCUAUCUCUGCCUCCCUUUGCAAAAGGUGGUGAGCAUAGAAAUGUGUUGUUACAUGUGUUUGCCAUGUGCAUUUGAUAAAACUCUCAGAAUUUCAUCAUGACUAAGAUGGUAAUAUGUGACUUAGGAGACAGGACAGUAUGGGACAGUGUAACGAUAUUGAGAGAAAAGUGCUGAUUAAUGUCUUGUGGAAAAUGAUAGAGCAGUUUAUCAUCCCAUGGAAAUAUACAAUACAUACCAUUUGUGUUAACAUCUUCUUAGUACCACAUUAAAGAAUUUAAAUGGAACAGGUAAAGUACA